AUGACGAUUUUUAUACCUACUUUUUCUCAUAAGACCAAAUUGCAAUUUGGAAUCUUUCAAAGCAAAAUUAGAACACAAUUUCACAACAGGAUAAUUAGUAGAUCAUCGACGGACACAAAAGACAUUGUGAGAAAUUUCAGUGUGCCCAUUGAAAAUGAUAAUCUUAAUAGUGUGCCCAUUGAAAAUGAUAAUCUUGAUAGUGCGCCAAUUGUUGAUGAAGUUAAUAAUGAUGAUGAUGCCGAUGAUGAUGAUGAUGAUAAUGUUGAUUAUGAUAUAUUUGAUCCAAGAAAUUGGGAUCGUCUUCAACCUAAACUGAUUGAUUUAUUAGUUGUGAAAGGUUCUAAAAGAGAUAAUUCUAUUGUGAAGGGUCCUAGAGAUAGUUUGAAUAGACGUUUUACGGCUAAUUUGUAUACUAGAGCUUUAACAAAUGGAGAGGUGUGUGAUAGAGAUUGGCUUGUUUAUUCGAAAGAGCUUGAUAGAGUAUUUUGUUUUUGUUGUAAAGUUUUUAAAAAUGAGAUUGUUAGGGGACAAUUAGCAAAUGAGGGUUAUAGUGAUUGGGUAUAUGUUGGUGAAAGAAUUAAAGAGCACGAGUUAGGCAUGAAACAUGUUAAAAAUAUGACUACUUGGUAUGAGUAUCGCAAAAGGCUGCAAAAAUUUCAAACUAUUGAUAAAACAACUCAAAGAUUAAUUGAGAAAGAAAAGGAUCACUGGAAAAAUGUUUUAAAAAGAGUUAUUUCAAUAGUGAAAUUUCUUGCUAAACAUAAUUUAGCCUUUCGUGGUUCUAAGGGGAAAUUGUACGAAGAUAGCAAUGGAAACUUUUUGGAUUUGAUUGAAAUGUUAGCUGAAUUUGACCCAAUCAUCCAAGAACAUGUUAGACGUGUUACAACUCAAAAAGUUCAUAUUCAUUAUCUUGGGCAUAACAUACAGAAUGAGUUGAUUUCAUUGCUUGGUUCUGCGAUUAAAAUUGAAAUCAUUAGAAAAAUCAAACAGGCAAAGUAUUUUUCAGUGAUACUUGAUUGUACUCCUGAUGUUAGUCACCAAGAGCAGAUGUCUUUGAUAAUAAGAUAUGUGGAUAUUUCUUCAGCUUCUGUUAAUAUUGAGGAAUCAUUUUUAGGAUUUUUGAAUGUGAUUGAUACAAGUGGUCAGGGGCUUUUUGAUGUUUUACAAAAUGAAUUGAAAGAACUUGGUCUCGACCUAUUUGACGUGAGAGGACAAGGUUAUGAUAAUGAGUCCAAUAUGAAAGGAAAACACCAAGGUGUGCAAAAGAGAUUUUUAGACAUAAAUCCGAGAGCCUUUUAUACUCCUUCUGGUUGUCAUAGUCUUAAUUUGGCAUUGUGUGAUAUGGCUAACUCUUGUAUUAAAGCUAGAAUUUUUUUUUGGAGUUGUUCAACGCAUUUAUACAAUUUUUGCCAAUUCUACUAA